GAGCUUGGACUCCACCCCAUGAUCUAGUUCCCUCCCCCCCUGCAGAUGACAGUUAUAUUACCCUGCUAGUGCAGUGCCCGCGGGUUCACAACAUCGCAGACGACAGCGACAGCCUGCCUGCACUCAGGGUUCACUACGCUACAGACAGGUGUGAUUGCAUCUGAAUGAGAUGACUGACACAACUCAUUAUUAAACCAGCCUUUGUAGAUAAUCCUGAGCUCUGUGCCAGCUGCCUCUCAGCCUUCAGCCUUCUGUUCCACUCUCAGAUCUUUAGUGGCAACUUGAGAGUGCACUGCUGUGUUGGACUUGUAUCCGUGGUGAUACGUUAGGGUAAGGUCUGCAUUGGAAUAGCAGCCAUGGAAAGAAGCAUGAAUUUUGACGAGAUUCUUUCUCAUAUUGGGGGCUUUGGCAAGUUCCAGAAGAGCCUGUAUGUGUGGAUUUGCCUCCCCCAGAUCCUGCUGGCGUUCCACAUGCUGAUAUCCGUAUUCACAGGGGCCGUCCCCCCUCAUCUCUGUCGCUCCACCAACACCACCUGGCCCUUGACCACCAGCUCAGACCCUCCCAAUUUAAACUUCAGCCUGGUGACCGGCCCAGACGGUGACCCUGGCCGGUCCUGCUCUGUCCCUGGGGGGAUCCCUGGCACCCCGCUGGCUCAGCUGAAUCACAGCACCGCCCUGGCCCUUAGUGACAGCCACGCCACUGAGGGUUGCCAAGGGGGAUGGGAAUUCAGCAAGGCGACCUUCCACAGCACCGUGGCAACCGAGUGGGAUCUGGUGUGUGACCACGCCAAUCUAAACCAUGUUGGUUCCUCAAUCUACAUGUUUGGUCUUCUAGUUGGCGCUGUGCUGUUUGGUUUCUUAGCUGAUAAGUAUGGACGCAGGAACAUAAUCCUGGUUGGUUUGACUAUCCAGUCAACCUGUGGGGUCGGAGCUGCGUUCGCCCCAAAUUUCUACAUAUAUGUUUUCCUGCGCUUUGUUGUUGGAACCACUAUUUCUGCUGUCAUCAUGAACGCAUUUGUUUUAGGCACAGAGUGGACAGGAUCAAAGCACCGCAUGCUAGCUGGGAUCAUCACCGACUACUUCUUUGGGUUUGGCUACAUCAUCCUGGCAGGCCUGGCCUACCUCAUCCGAGACUGGCGUAAACUCCAGCUGGCCAUCUCAGCACCAGGCUUCCUCUUCAUCUUCUACAUCUGGGUCCUACCAAAGUCGGCUCGGUGGCUGAUGGCCAACCAGAGGUACGAGGAGGCCAUGGAUCUGGUCAGGAAAGCAGCUCUAAUGAACGGCAAACCCCUGCGGGAGGACAUAGAGAUAUGUCAGGGGUACAAAGACAUGGUGAAGAUGGAGAAGAGGACAAAACACACAGUCAUUGACCUGGUCCGAACUCCAAAAAUGAGGAGGAGCUCAUUGAUCAUGUUUUACCUGUGGUUUGUCAACGUGCUGGUCUACUACGGCCUGUCCCUAAACAUCUCUGACUUUGGGAUGAGCAUCUACCUGACCCAGCUGAUCUUUGGCCUGGUGGAGAUGCCUGCUCGCACCAUCACUCUCUUCACCCUCAACCGCUCCAGGAGGAUAUCCCAGAUAGCCUUCCUCGUUGUGGGAGGCCUAGCCUGCCUGCUCACUGUCUUCAUUCCCGAUGAUCUCUCCAUUAUUAGAACAGUCCUGGCCAUGGUGGGAAAGUUUGGGAUCACCGCCUCCCUGUCCAUAGUCUACAUCUAUUCAGCAGAGGUUUUCCCUACUGUCAUAAGGCAGAGUGGGAUCGGUAUGGGCUCCAUGUGUGCCCGGGCAGGGGGAGUCCUGGCCCCAAUCAUCUACCUGUUGAGGGGUGUCAGUAAGAAGGCUCCUAUGGUUCUGUUUGGUCUGUGUACUCUGCUAGGGGCAGCCCUCACCCUGCUGCUGCCUGAGACAGUCCACCAGCCCCUGGCUGACACCAUCCAGGAUGUGGAGGGAUCCAGCAUCAGUGAGGACUCAAAGGAAGGGAACAUGAAACCAGACCUCUAUGAGGAAUGUGAAACAAGGAACCCAGACAUCAUAAACUGAAGAACUUGGGAGUGGGACAAGCCACCAGUCCGCACUGAUACUUUGAGACCUGUGGUACUGUCUUCUGGAUGACUUCUACGCGGAAAGACCAUUAGCCCAAGGAACUCAACUGUGCAUUGUAAGCUAUCUGCUAAGAGCGCUUGAACAUAGUUGUAGCUUGUAAAGCUACUUCCUGUUUCGUACAUAAGACAAUGAUGUCACUUAACUGACAUGUUGAUACAGUUUUGCUUUAUAUUUCAAAAAUGUUAUUUUGUUGUGAAAAGAUGUACAGUAUAUAGAUGUGUAUGGUGACUAUCAGUUCAUAUAUUGGUUGAUAAUGAAGUACAGUAGUAACAGUUCAUUUAUGUACCAAAUAUCAUUUCUUCGCUUCUGUAUACAAUGAGUGUACAAAACAUUAGGGAACACCUGCUCUUUCCAUGACAGACUGACCAGGUGAAUCCAAGUGAA